UGUCUUCUUCUCCAAGAAGUCUACACUAAUCGGCGGGAAGUUUGUAGUUAAAUGUUGUUUAAAAUUUACACGUCUCUCAUAAAUUUGCCCCUUGAAAACCCCUUCAUGGUUUCACGCAAGGAUUGAAAUGGGAAGUAAGAACGCAAAGCAAUGAACUGAUCCUUGUUGAAGGUGAAGCCUUUUGCGAUCGAAACGGGAAGUAAUUUAUUUUCUUGAUUUAAGUUGUGAUCGACUUACAUUCCUGAGAUUGGAUCCCCUUUUGUCAUUUUUAACAAUUUCUACACAGGAAUUAUCAGCAGGUUGGAUCUUGUACAAAUUUAUGAGAAUAACUUAUCACUUCCUCUACAAUCACUAUUAUUCAUCCCUCGUAAAAUUCCAUUUACCACUCUUUCACAAUCACUAUCAUCUAUAAUCUAUCCCUUCAAAGCAAAUGGCUACUUUUCUUGCAAACAAAUCUAUACAAGGCGAUGAAAACGAAAGAAAUUUCAGUUUCCACAACGCAUCAGCAUUUUCCACGGACACGGUGUUCAAGUCUCGUCAAGAUUUGCUUGAUUGGGUGCAAAAGGUGGGACGUUCUCUCGGUUACGUUAUUGUUACUAAAAGAUCCAAGACACUAUCAAGUGGGGUCAUGACGAAAGUUAAUCUUAUGUGUGAUCGUGGUGGUGUAUGUAAAAGCAAAAGCUCUGUUAGAAAUAGAGGGACGAAAAAGAUUAAUUGUCCAUUUGAAUUAAUUGGGAAAUAUUGGGAGAUGUAUAAUGUUUGGACGUUACGGGUGGUAUGUGAAAAACAUAAUCAUGAACCUAUACUACAUAUGGAGGAUCAUCCGUAUGCAAUGCGAUUGUCGGCUAAUGAAACACGUUUGGUGUUUGAUUUGUCAAGGAAGAAUGUGAAACCUCAUGCUAUUUUAUCAACACUAAAGGAGCAAAAUAAGAAUAACGUGUCUAAGGUCCGAACCAUAUAUAAUGCAUGCCACAAGUUUCGGAAGACCCAACAUGCAGAACCAUUCACGAGACAAGUGGUUAACGGUGAUGUAGUGGACCCUGCAUACACAUUUGAUGCAAACAAGUUGAAGAGAACCGUUGAUCACACAGACUCAUUUGCUAUUAAUUACCAGGCGCAAGCGCUUGAUUCAGCUAAACAUGGGCCCGAUACAAAAUUUAUAGAGACAAAUCAUGUGAAUAAUGUUUCUGUUGCAAAUCCUGUGAGGGAUGAUGUGAUUAUGUAUUAUGAUGGCGAUUAUCAUACUGCUGUUGAGUCGACAUAUAAAGAAGACAAGAAGGUUGAUAGUGAUGUGGAAGUCGAAAUAAAACAUGAUAAAGGUGAGUAUGUUGAAGUUCAGUGCAAUUCAGAUAUGGAGGAAGACUAUUCACAGUAUGAUUCAAUGCAAAUGGCUAGUUUUCACACAAACGAAUCGACCCAAGGUGGUGAAAAUGAAAGAAAUUCUGGUGUUGACAACAUAUCUGCAUUUUUGACUGACAUGGUGUUCAAGUCUCGUCAAGAUUUGCUUGAUUGGGUGCAAAAGACGGGAUGUUCUCUUGGUUACGUUAUUGUCACUAAAAGAUCCAGGACAUUACCAAGUGGGAUCGUCACUAAUAUUGCACUUAGGUGUGAUCGUGGUGGUAUAUACAAAAGUAAAAGCUCUUAUAUUAGAAAUAGAGGGUCCAAAAAGACUAAUUGUCCAUUCGAAUUGGUUGGAAAAUACUGGAAGACGUAUGAUGUUUGGACAUUACGGGUGAUAUGUGAAGAUCAUAAUCAUGAACCUACACCACAUGUGAAAGAUCAUCCUUACGCAAGGCGACUGUCUGCUAAUGAAACUCGUUUGGUGUUUGAUUUGUCGAGGAAGAAUGUGAAACCGCAUGCUAUUUUAUCAACACUAAAGGAGCAAAAUAAGAAUAACGUGUCUACGAUCAAAACCAUAUACAAUGCAUGCUACAAAUUUCAGAGGAUCCAAACUGCAGAUACAUUCACGAGACAACCAGUUAAUGGUGAUGAAAGGGCAUCUCCAAUAGUAGUGGACCCUGUAUACACAUUUGAUGCAAACAAGUUGAAGAGAACCAUUGAUCACACAGAUCCAUUUGCUAUUAAAAACCAGCUGCAAGAGCUUGAUUCAGCUAAAAACGGGCAUGGUGCGAAAGAUACAGAAGAACUUCUUUUACAAAGAAAACAGAUGCCGAGGCCUUCUUUUACAAGCGCCCACUCACUUCAGGCUGAUUUAACGGAGACAAAUCACGUGAAGGAUGUUUCCAUUGCAAAUCAUGUGAGGGACGGUGUGGUUACGUAUUAUAACGGCAAUGAGCAUAAUACAAAUGCAUCAGAUGCUGAUGAUGAAUCCACAUUUGAUAGUGAUACAGACGUUGAAAUAAAAAACGAUAAAGGUGAAUAUGUUGGAGUUCAAUGCAAUUCAGAUAAGGAGGAAGACUAUUCACAACAUGAUUCAAAGCAAAUGGCUAGUUUUCUUACAAAUAGAUCAUUCCAAGGUGAUGAAAAUGAAAGAAAUUUCGGUGUCCACAAAACUUCAGCGUUUUCCACCAACAUGGUGUUCAAGUCUCGUCAAGAUUUAAUUGAUUGGGCGCACAAGGUGGGACGUUCUCUUGGUUACGUUAUUGUUACUAAAAGAUCCACGACACUACCAAGUGGGGUCAUGACUAAAAUUCAUCUUAUGUGUGAUCGUGGAGGUAUAUACAAAAGGAAAAGCUCUAAUAUUAGAAAUAGCGGGUCCAAAAAGACUAAUUGUCCGUUCAGAUUGGGUGGAAAAUACUGGAAGAAGUAUGAUGUUUGGACAUUAAGGGUGAUAUGUGAAGAUCAUAAUCAUGAACCGACACUACACGUGAAGGAUCAUCCAUAUGCAAGGCGUUUGUCUGCUAAUGAAACUCGUUUGGUGUUUGAUUUGUCAAGGAAGAAUGUGAAACCACAGGCUAUUUUAUCAACACUAAAGGAGCAAAAUGAGAAUAACAUGUCUACGCUCAAAACCGUAUAUAAUGCGCGCCAAAAAUUUCGGAGGACCCAAACAAAUACUCCUGUUGACUCAACAGAUAAAGAAGACAAGAAUGUCGAUAGUGACGCAGAUGUUGAAAUACGACGUGAUAAAGGUGAAUAUGUUGGAGUUCAAUCUGAUUCGGAUAUUGAAGAAGACGAUUCGCAGGAUGAAGCCAACGUUGAUGGGUUAGCUGAUAUAUGGAAUGAAAUGACUGUUGGACUAGAGUCCUCAAAGGAUGCUGAUAUGGACCUUUCAGUCAAUCAACAUGGAAAAGAAAAUGAAGAAGAAUGCGAUCAUUCUUUUAUAAUGAAAGAAGACAUUGGUUAUGUUUGCCGUGUGUGUGGAGUAGUUGAAAGGAGUAUUGAAUCCAUUAUUGAGUUUCAGCACCCCAAGAGAUCAAAGAGUACAAAAACAUAUCAUUAUGAAGGCCGAUCUGAUAAACCACGAGAAUCAGCUGGUGCGGUUCUCGAUGGAGUGAAAACACCGGGAAAAGAUUUCUCUGUGGUAGAAGUAUCGGCUCAUCCAAGGCAUAAAAACCAAAUGAAACCCCAUCAAACUGAGGGCUUUAAUUUUCUCGUAAGUAACUUAGUUUCCGAUGAUCCAGGUGGCUGCAUCCUGGCCCACGCUCCAGGAUCCGGGAAAACGUUCAUGCUCAUCAGUUUUAUCCAAAGCUUUAUGGCUAAAUAUCCGGAUGCAAGACCGUUAGUGGUUCUACCAAGAGGUAUUGUAGCCACCUGGAAGAAAGAAUUCAAAAGGUGGCAAGUUGAAGACAUACCCCUCUUUGACUUUUAUUCCCAAAAAGCCGAUAACCGGGCUCAACAACUUGAAGUGCUGAAACAAUGGGCCAACACACGGUCCAUACUGUUUCUCAGCUACAAACAGUUCUCCAUAAUAGUGUGUGACAAUGACAGAAGCACAGUUUCCGCCACCUGUCAAGAAAUACUGUUGACAUUCCCGUCACUUGUGAUAUUAGACGAGGGCCACACUCCAAGAAACAAGGACACUGACGUUUUCACGUCUGUUGAAAAGGUUCAAACUCCGAGAAAAGUGGUUCUUUCUGGAACACUCUACCAAAAUCACGUGUGCGAGGUCUUCAAUAUCCUGAACCUUGUUCGACCAAGGUUCUUGAAAAUGGAGGAUUCUAAAACAAUAAGAAGACGUAUUAUGAGUAGAGUGUCGAUAGAAACCCGGAGAAACCUUUGCAAGAAGAACACUGACAUCGAGUUUUGCGAGCUGGUUGAACAUACGUUACUCAAGGAUGAUGAGAAUUUUAAAAGAAAGGUUACGAUUAUCGAAGAUUUACGGGAGAUGACGAAAUAUGUUCUUCACUACUACAAAGGGGAUUUCUUGGAAGAGCUUCCGGGCCAUGUCGAUUUUUCUGUCUUUUUAAAUCUUACCAUGAGGCAAAGACGGGAAGUCAACGAUUUGAAAAAUAUGUCGAGAAAAUUCAAAGUUAGUGCUGAUGGUAGUGCCCUUUACGUCCACCCGGAACUCAAGUCUCUUGUAAAUUCCGCAACUAACGACAAAAACGAUGACACCAUACACAAAAAAAUUGACGCACUUUUGGAGAAUUUGGAUGAGAGUGAAGGUGUGAAGGCUAAGUUUUUUCUCAAUCUACUUCGUCUUUGUGAAUCCAGUGGGGAAAAACUUCUUGUUUUCGGUAAUUAUCUAUUCCCGUUAACUUUCUUACUACAGUUGACCAAGAAAGUCAAAGGGUGGAGACUAAACAAGGAAAUAUUCAUGAUAACCGGAGAUCAUGACAAUGAAGAGCGCGAGGUGGCAGUGGAUGCAUUCAACAACACUAAUGAUGCCAAAGUGUUUUUCGGGUCAAUAAAGGCUUGUGGGGAGGGUAUAUCAUUAGUUGGAGCUUCUAGAGUUAUAAUAUUGGAUGUGCAUUUGAACCCUUCUGUGACCCGUCAAGCAAUAGGUCGGGCUUUUCGACCCGGGCAGGUGAGAAAGGUGUAUACUUAUCGAUUAGUUGCUGCGGGUUCUCCUGAAGAGAAAGAUCAUACCACUUGCUACAGGAAGGAAUCCAUUGCAAAAAUGUGGUUUGAAUAUAACGAGUACUGUGGCAAAAAUGAUUUUGAGAUGGAGAAAAUCGAUAUAAAAGAUUGUGGUGAUCGGUUUCUUGAAACUCCAUGGUUGAAUGAAGAUGUAACUGCAUUAUAUACAAGAUCAUGACGAGUGAUGAGGCGAACCAUAGUGACAUUUCUCUACGUUCGGAUUUAUUGUUGACCGCGGAAGUUGAAAUAUUCGGCUUUAGGUUUUGUAUAUUGUAAUCCAGUGUUGUUGGCUGUAAAUUAUCACCUCAUGCAAUAAAUGGCAAAUUUGAAAUAUUA